GCGGAAGGGACGCAGGAGCGGACGCCCUCUAUCACGUGACGAGGGCGGGGCGAGAGGGGGGUCACGUGACGUGGCACCGGAUACUGAUGUAGGACUGAGGAAAAGAAGAGAUGCGGUCGUAGAUCUCAAGUGAUAUUAACCCAGGGCCAGAGGUCCUGCAGUGUCUCAGUGUUCCUUUGAAGUGAGGCCACAUCACUCAGCGUGUCAACCAUCCCUCUAAUUUAGCAUGGUACAUUCUGUCUCUUCACCCAACUUAGUGAUAAAGUUACUGAACAGUACCAGCCCUGAUAACAACCCCAGAAUACUCUUACUGUUGCUAGCCAGCAACUGAAGCAACUUGAAGCCAUCAAGCCUUCAAUUCACUCUGCCUGCCCAGCCAGUUUUCAACCACUCCAACAGUCCAUCUGGCCGCAGCUUCCUAAGGAGUAUGCUAUGAGAGAUGGUGUGAAAAGCCACAGGGAAGUCAAGGAGCUGGUGAUUCUGAAGACAGCCUAGUCAUCAUGGCUCAUGCUACUGUUCAUGUGGGGUUUACUGUUCCUCAUUUACUGAGAGGUGCUAGCAGGAUUUUUCCCACUCAUUCAGCAUUGGUGGUGUUGAGGCACUCUGCUUUUUGUUACUGCACAGUGAACGGCACAAUAAAAUCAAAAAGGAAAAUGGAUCAUCUAGACAGGACAGCAAAUAAUUUUCGCCAAGAGGUAAUUUCACAAGCAAAAGUGUGUGGAAUCACCAAUGAAUCGAAGACAGUCAAAAGACUUCGUUUGGCUAUCGCAAAUAAAGAUUUUACUUUCAAAGCAGGACAGUGGGUUGAUUUCUUUAUUCCUGGAGUAUCUGUAGUUGGGGGAUUCUCAAUAUGUUCAAGCCCUGGCCUGUUGGAACGAGAAGGAAUAUUAGAGCUGGCAGUAAAGGACACUGCUCAUCCUCCUGCUCACUGGAUUCACACUGAGUGUACUCUUGACUCAGAAGUGGCUCUGCGAGUGGGAGGUGAUUUCUUCUUUGACCCUCAGCCUGGUGACUCCCCUGUAAAACUAGUGCUGAUAGCAGGGGGUGUUGGAAUUAACCCAUUGUUUUCUAUGCUGCUGCAUAUAGCAGAUCUUCAGGGAUACCAAGAGGGUAAAGGAAAUGGAUACAAAAUGGGAACAGUGAAGCUGUACUACAGUGCAAAAAAUACAAGCGAACUCUUAUUUAAGAAAAAUAUUCUUGGUUUGAUGAAUGCAUUUCCUGGAAAGAUCACAUGUCGUUUCCACGUUACCCAGCAGAGUUCACAGAUCUGUAAAGAACUUCAGCCACAUGUUACAGAGCGAAGAAUAUCUGAAAAGGAUCUAGAAAAACAUGUAUCUAAGGAUACUUUAUGGUACAUCUGCGGUCCACCUCCAAUGAUAGAAUCUAUAUCCAAACUACUGUCCAACAUUGGUGUUCCUAGAAACUGUGUUUUCUUUGAGAAAUGGUGGUAGUGACACCCGCUUAACAGAAAAAAUAUUAUUUGUUUCUAGUGUAUUUUAAUACGCUGAAAUGUACAGAAAAUGGACUAUGAAUUAUUUGGAAGAUUUUACUUUAUACAUGAAGAUGUCCUCAGUCAUGAUGGUGUUCCUUUAAUUUGUAAUGCACUUGUAAUACAGUGCUCCUGCUUUGGGGGAAAAAUGAUUUUAUAUUAAAGACAUUAAUUGUU